CAUCUAUACAAACCAAGAAUCACAUUCUCUCUUUCACACACUCACACACCCACAUAUCACACACACAAACACUUAUGCGGGUGGCGGCCAAACAGUUAUUAUUAUUAUUAAGAAAAUAAGGUAUAUAUGUUUUACUAUAGCUUUUUGAUCAUAUUAAUCAUGCAAUUAUUUUUUUAUUUUUAGGUUAAUUAGUUCAUUUUAUUAUGAUUAUAAUAAAUAUGUAAUAAAGUUUAGAACUUUUCAUGAUUUAAUUGAGCAAUUAUUUCGGAUCUCUGCUGGAGUGAUUGAAAGUUUGAAUCUUGUAUUAUUUUUAGAAUUUAAUAGUUAACCGGAAUUAGAGACAUAAGCUAUAUGUGUUGUGAGAUUUUAGGGGGAAACAGUUGUUGCUUCAAGUGACGACGUUUUAUUUAUCACUUGCCAGAGUGGUGGUUGUUUCUUUGAAAUUUCAUGUGAGUGAAGAUGGGGUCUGCUUGUUGUGUUGCUGCUAGAGAUAGAACUAUAACAGAUCGAUCUGGUAGUGAUGUUAUGACCAGGAAUGAUCGGUAUUCUCCAUCAUGGAGCUUUCGAUGGGAUAAUCGAGGGCGUGUAGCAGGUGAAGAGUCAUCUGUGAAUUGCUUGUCUGAUGGCGGUGGUACCAACGAUAGGUUGGACAAUAAAUCUCAGACAACUGUAGAAACCACUUAUGCAACAGAAGGCAGUCCAUUGGAUAGUUCACGAAGCCUCACCUGGCAUAAGCCGUCACUUUCUGAAGAAAUCAGGGUUCCUCGGUCAGAUCCAUCAUAUUCUAAGAAUCUUCAUGAGGGGAAGGAUUCGAGGGGAGCUUCUGUAUCUUUGGAACCAUCUCCAACCAAAAUGUCAACACAAACACAUUCAGUUUCAUCCUUUUCAGCAUCCCCUUUGUCUUCUUCUCAAAGUCAACUCAUGCCCCUUUCAAGUUUGACCCCAUCAAGGUGGCCCCGCCGUUCACCAGGUCACCAUCUACUACGUCAAGUAUCCGAUAGCCGAAUUCGAGGCAUGAUGUCACCUAACUUUUCAAUAUCAGAAGAGGGUUCACCUUUCAUGCAUCCUGGGUGGAACAAUAAAUCAAACACGGGGUCUCAUGGUGGAUCCUCAGAUGGUUGGUCGAAUAGAGAUAGAUGGUCUUUUGAUAGUGAGUCUCUCAGUUUUAGUCGUGAUAGAAUUAGCAGAUCUAGUGGCAGGGUUUCGUCUUCUCCAACGGUUGAGAUACAGACAUGCGGUGUCUGCUCAAAACUUUUAACCGAAAGAUCCUGUUGGAGUAGUCAAAAAAUUGUAGCCACCAAUGGGCUUCCGGUUGUUGCAGUUCUCCUAUGUGGGCAUGUUUACCAUGCAGAAUGCUUAGAAAAUAUGACUCCUGAGAUUAACAAGUAUGAUCCAGCAUGCCCUAUUUGUACUUUUGGGGCAAAAAAGGUUCUCAAGUUGUCAGAAAAAGCAAUGGGGGAAUUGGAUUUAAAGAGUAAAAUCAGCAAAAAAUUAAGAAGUCGGGUGGUGGAUAGUGGUGAUUCGGCUCUGUUUGAUCGCUUUACAAGUGGCAGAGGUCCCCGGAUGGGCUCAAGUUCAAGCAUGAAGAGCUCUACGAAUUCAGGAAAGCCAUUUUUAAAGAGACACUUUUCUUUUGGCUAUAAACCAAACAGAUCUUUGUCAGAUAACAGUUCUAAGAAAAAGAGGUUUUUCUGGUCAAAAUCAAGCAAGGAGUGAGCUUUUUCUCUUUAAAGGUAGACGGUAUUUCUAAUACAGACAGAAAGUUUCUUAUUUCACCUAAAGUGCAUUGUGAGCGCUGAAAAGGUUAGCCCCAAAGGAUAGCCAAGCAGAUGAAUAUAUACAGCUGGGAAAAAAAUAAUAUGAAUUUAGAUUUAUUCAUUUUCUUUUACUUGCGUUUUGUAAAGUAUUAUGAUAUAUUGUUUGCAUUCAAAUGGCUAGAAGUGCAUGUAUGUAUUGUUCUAAGCUCAUAAAUUUCCUUCUUAAUAUAUUGUGGGUUUUGAGUUUGGUUAUCA